UUCAUUCCUCCUGCAAACCGGACCUUGAGUGUGAAGUUCGGGAAAGGGGGAUACAAUAAAAGACGGCAAAAAGACUGCAAUCAAUGUUCCAGCCAUUACUAAGAGUACCGGUAUGAUUAAAACCACCGCAAACUCAAACAUACAAUAAAGACAUUAGAUAAUAUAUUGAAGUGGAAGGGAAACAUACAAAUACAUUUGGAUCCCAGUCUAAAAAAAAUAAGUUUGGACUUCUAGCAUGGAGGUGUCCCAUGUGAACAAUAGCAGUCAUCACGCCUGGUGGAAAGAGAUGCCUUGGGGCGACACAGACGAGUGCACCUCCUUCUGGAGUGGCACCACCUUCCUGAUAGUUGCCUACAGCGCACUGGUCGCGGUUGGCCUUAUCGGUAACACCUGCCUGGUGUUUGUCAUCACACGGCAGAAGGAGAUGCGGAAUGUCACCAACAUCUUCAUCGCCAACCUGUCCAUCUCUGACAUCCUCAUGUGCAUUGUGUGCCUGCCUGUAACCAUCAUCUACACCCUGAUGGACCGCUGGAUCCUGGGGGAGGCACUCUGUAAGGUCACACCCUUUGUCCAGUGCAUCUCUGUCACGGUUUCCAUCUUCACCCUUGUCCUCAUAGCCAUGGAGCGCCACCAACUCAUCAUCCACCCCACUGGAUGGAAGCCCAUGGUGCGCCACUCCUACCUGGCUGUAGCCAUCACCUGGUUAGUGGCCUGCUUCAUCUCUCUUCCUUUCCUCUUCUUCAACGUCCUCGACAACAGUCCUUUCCAGAACAUGAGCCUCCCGUUCAAUCUCUUCACUGACCACUUAAUCUGUAUGGAGCGAUGGCCCUCAGAGCACAACCGACUGGCCUACACCACCUCCCUGCUGCUCUUCCAGUACUGCCUUCCCCUCAUCCUCAUCCUGGUCUGCUACCUGCGCAUCUUCCUCCGUCUCCGACAGAGAAAAUACAUGGUGGAGCGAGCCAGGGACAACUGUCAGAAAAAAGCCAAGGGGUCAAAGAGGAUCAAUGCCAUGUUGUCCUCCAUUGUGGUAGUGUUUGCCCUCUGCUGGCUCCCGCUCAACAUCUUCAAUACCUUGUUUGACUGGAACCACCAGGCCAUCCCAUCCUGCCAGCAUGACAUAAUCUUCUCUGCCUGCCACCUCACAGCCAUGGCCUCCACCUGUGUCAAUCCCAUAAUCUACGGCUUUCUCAACAGUAACUUCCAGAAAGAGCUAAAAUCUACCCUAUACCACUGCCGCUGCUGGGGGUCACCAGAGAGUUAUGAGAGCUUCCCUCUUUCUAUUGUCAGCACAGAGGUCACUAAGGGGUCAACCUUGAGCAAAGGAUCAAUGAGCAUGAAUGUACAGUCCUGACCCAUUCAGAAAAGGAGAGAGAAAGUAUAGAACUUCAAUCCCCAUUGUCUUAACCAUCCAUUGAAGGUUGACUUGUUGAGCUUAAUGCUGGAGCAAGGGUUGACAUGGCUGGAGUUGUUCAAAUUAGUCACAGGGGAUUGUUUUGUGUCUUAACAAUCAAUGGUUGGUCUCUUCGGUGGGCAUGGAGAGAAAUGGAAAAGUAAGAACACUGUGACCUAAAAUAGAUUUUACAGUGUCCUCAAUUAGAUACAGUGCAUUCAGAAAGUAUUAACAAAACAUGGCCAGUGAUUAAAGAAAUCUAAUCCAUUUUAAAAUUCAGGCUGUAAAACAAAAAAACGUGGAAAAAGUCAAGGAGUGUGCUGUUACAGCCUGAAUUUUAAAUGGAUUAAAUGUAGAUUUUUUUAGUCACUGGCCUACUCCAUAAUAUGAAAGUAGAAUGAUGUUUUUUCAAAUUUUUUACAAAUUAAUUAAAAAUGAAAAGAUGAAAUGCCUUGAGUCAAUAAGUAUUCAAUCCCUUUGUUAUGGCAAUCCAAAAUAGGAGUGAAAAGAGUAAACAAUUGCUUAACAAGUAAUAUAAAGUGUUUAACAUGUUUUUAAUGACUUCAAACCUACAGGUGUCCUUCCUAACUAAUUUGCCAGAGAGGAAGGAAACCGCUCAGGGAUUUCACCAUGAGUCCAAUUAUGACUUUAAAACAGUUAGAGUUUAAUGGCUGUGUUAGGAGAAAACUGAGGAUGGAUCAACAACAUUAUAGUUACUCCACAAUUCUGACCUAAUUGAAAAGAAGGAAGCCUGUACAGAAAGAAAAAAAAUCCAAAACAUGCAUCCUGUUUGUAACAAGGUACUAAAGUAAUACUGCAAAAAUUGUGGCAAAGCAAUUCACUUUUUGUCCUGAAUACAAAGUGUUGUAUUGGUUUGGAUUUGACCCAAACAUAUUACUGAGUACCACUCUCCAUAUUUGUAAGCAUAGUGGUGGGUGCAUCAUGUUAUUGGUAUGCUUGUAAUCAUUAAGGACUGGGGAGUAUUUCAGGAUAAAAAAUAAACUGAAUGGCAAAAUCAUGGAGGAAAACCUGCUUCAGUCUGCUUUCCACCAGACAAUGGGAGACUAAUUCACCAUUCAGCAGGACAAUAACCUAAAACACAAGGCCAAAUUUACACUGGAGUUGCUUACCAAGACGACAGUAAAUGUUCCAGAGUGGCCAAGUUACAGUUUUGACCUAAAUCUGCUUGAAAACGUAUGGCAAGACCUACAAAUGGUUGUCUAGCAAUGAUCAUCAACCAAUUUGACAGAGCAUGAAGAAUUUUGAAAAGAAUAACAGGCAAAUGUUGCACAAUCCAGGUGUGGAAAGCUCUUUGAGACUUACCCAGAAAGACACUGUAUUCUGUAUUUCAUUUUCAAUAAAAUCACUUUGUCAUUAUUGGGUAUUGUGUUUAGAUGGGUGAGAUUUUUAAAAAUGUAUUCCAUUGUAUGUGUUUAUACAAUUUAGAGCACGUGUCAAACUCAUUCCGUGGAGGGCUGAGUGUCUGCAGGUUUUCGCUCCUCCCUUGUACUUGAUUGUUUAAUUAAGGCCAUUAAUUAGUAAGGAACUCCAGUCACCUGGUUGUCUAGGGCUUAAUUGAAUGGAAAAAAAGAAAAAACAGCAGACACUAGGCCCUCCAUUGAAUGAGUUUGACACCCCUGCCUUAGAGGAAGUCGAUGAGUUUAUGAAGGUGCAAAGGUCUUCUCCAGUGCAAACACUGUGGAGUAAAAGAUGUGGAUUUACACCAACAUAAUAUUUCAAUGUAUUAUUUAGGUCUCUAUAGAAUAUGUAAAGUUGGGAGGGGGUCGUGGGGGAUUGUUUUUGGCAUAAAAAAAAUAUGAGUACAGAAUAUUGUAUGGAACUUUAUUUAGAAACACAGUAUUUUAUUGGUUGUCUAAAGUUUGAUAAGCGAGAGGGAAAUCUAAUGAAUUGAAGGUGAUUUGUUGAUGUAAAAAUCUAAAUUUACAGACAUUUUGGCAAAUAAAAUGUGCCCUGUGAAAAACGUCUGAAUACCAGAGCUAUAGUGUAACCAGAUGUGUUGUAAUAUUUAAACUUGCGUUGCAGCACAUUAUAAUUUAAGGAAUUCUAGCGGUCCACUCACAAAGCCAUCCCACUGGGUACAGAUAUCAAUUCAAUGCCUAGGAUUGACUUACAUUUUGUUGAGUUGUCAACUAACGUGAAUUCAAUGUGAAAUCAAAAAAAAAAUCACCAUGUCAUUGGAUUUAGGUAAAAAAUUGGUUGAAUAAUUUACUAAAUGCUCUUACGUUGAUGACCUUUUAAAAUUCCAAGAAAAUUUUCCACGUUGAUUCAAUGUCAUCACAGAUUUUGGGGGGUUGAAAUUAUGUGGAAACAACGUUGAUUCCAUCAGUUUGUGCCCAGUAGGAUGUUUGAAUAAUGUGUCAUUUUGAGAUUGUGCUUUUACUCAAUGUUUUUACAGAAUUUGCUUUUAUUAUCCAGCUCACACUAUCCUUCCAGCCCACCUUGUGUAAUUCCAUCCCUCAUUCCGAGACUCAUGGAAUAUGCAUGUUAAGGGAUGUCAAGUGCCAACCACUUCCAAUGGUCAAUUUGUGAUAUUGAUGAGGGUUUAAUGGGAUAGUUUUGUCAAUGAUUUCCUUCAUAGAUAUGAAUAAUGUGAUCUUUACAAUGACAAAUGAUUUGGCUAAGAUCACAUCAUGUCAAUGAAGUCCUCAGAAUUGGUUUGUAAACAUACCAAUGUAACAGAACAGAGUUAUAGAGUUUCAACAAGGAAAGACUUUGACAAGGACUGACAUUGAGAACUACUGAUUUAAAGCAGAGUGCCCGUCACAGACAUUCUACCCACCAAGGUUUACUGCUAAAUAUAUUACUGUCUAAGCAGCUGACUUUGAUAAAAAAAUGUGCUAUCCAACAACCAUAUAUCAAGCACCAUAUAACAAAUGAAAGAGAGCAGUAAAUGAAUACACUGUACUUUAUGAAUGCAGCACAUGGAACAAUAUCCUACUGUAUAUCCUUGCUCUCUCACUGAGGUCCACUGAGUCUUUGUAUGCACAGUAAUAUACCUGGUGCCAUGUUUAGAUGCAUUGUCUGCAUUGAACUCGAUAUGUCUCUUGCAUUGCCAUGUGGGACAAUUGGUUUAUAAUAUUAAUUUGGAAUCAAUCAUUCAACAUUUCCAUCUGUUCUCCCUCUAAUCUACUCUCGUAAACAGAUUUUCAUCCAUUACCUUUUGGCAGUUGCAAGAAUGAUUAUUCAAAAUGAUCAAACUGGAACUCAUUCAUGAAUGUGUGCAAUAUUUAGUUAUUACUAGUUUUGCAAGGUAAAAUGAAGUCCAGUUUGCCAUAUACAGUAGUGCAAAUAUCAGGCCAUAUUUUGUCUAAACAUUUGUAAGAUAGCUGCGUUUCUGUUUUCCUAUUAUGAAAAAAUGUAAAUUUAAAUAUAUGGCUCUUAGCCUCUGCAUAAUGUUAUCCAAUGUGCAAAGAACGUUCUCUGUCUACUGCGUAGUUAGCAAUGAGCUUUUAGAAGCAAGAUGAAGUGUUCUACAUUAUCUGUAUUCCUUUCUACAGCGAUAAUCUUUUACAAUGAAAAGUUACAAUACCAAUAGAUGUUACAGUAGCUAUACGAAGGUUCAAUAAAAAGUUAAUAAAAAAGUGA